AUGGAAUUAAGAAUUCUUUAAAUAAUUUCUUCAAUAUUAGUUUCAAUAUUAUCCUCAUUAAAUGGGAAUUAAAGGAUUUUACGUAGUUCAUUUAGUUCCUUAUUAAUUUAGUCUUUAAAUUUCUAACAUUGUAAAUUUUUUUCUAAAAUAUUUUAAUUUUCCCUUUUUUCAUCUUCCGACAUUUCAUAUUACAAUAUUCCAUAUUACAACAUUUCAUGUUACAACAUUUCAUAUGACAACAUUUCACCUUAUUGCAGUAAUUAAUGCAAUUUUUUAUUUUCUUAUUCUCUGAUCUUUAAUAAUCUUUGUUUAUUUUAUAAUAAUAUAAUAUUUAAUUUUCCUCACCGUUUAAAUGAUGAGGCGAUGAAUGAAUUUUUUAUUUUCUUAUUCUAUGAUCUUUAGAAAUCUUUGUUUAUUUUAUAAUUAUAUAAUAUUUAAUUUUCCUCACUAAUAUCUAAAUAAGAAAAAGUUUAAAAGAUGGACUUAUAAUAUGAAUAUAUCUAUAUUUUUAUAUUAUCUGCUUUGAAUAAAAUGCUAUCUAUAUAUUCCAAUCAUUAUAACAAUUAGUUUAAUUGUAGGGUUAAAAUAUCCUCUUAGUAAGCAACUGUGAUUCAACAAAAAAAUAGUAUCAGGUCUAUGUUGUUACUAGAUAAACAAAUUUGA